UUUCCCUUACUUUUUCCAAUAACCGAGAGCAUUCUAGUGAUUAUGUUGAAAGUAAACCUUAAUUUUCUGUCACCGACAAUCGCAAUCCUUUUUGCGUUAUUUCUCAAUUUUUAGUUCAUAAACAAUCAAGAAUACUUUUUUUUUUACAGUGAUUAUGUUGAGAUUUCCUAUAAAAUUCUCUUUUUAUUUGCAAGGAAUCUACAACUCUAGUGUAAAUCAGGGUCAUUGUCUUUGAUCGCAGGGUGUUCGCUGAAAUGCUUGACACAAGCAUGCAGGCGUGGGAAGCUAUCAGCUUUGAUAAACUUAAAUCCCACCACCUCUUCCAUAGGCGCCAACAUAUGAAUAACUAUUCCUAAAACGACUAUUCCUAAAACGAGGUCAGCCAUGCCAAUUCCAUUAAAAAGAGGCCUACGCUAAGCUACUACCAAGCGAAGAAGAAGAAGAAGAGAUGGUUUCAGGGUGAGGCAUGUGCGCCAAAACCCAAGAGGGUAGUGGUGGAUGCAAGGCAUCUCAUGCUGGGAAGGUUGGAUUCCAUAUUGGCCAAGGAGUUGUUGAAUGGCCAAAAAGUAGUGGUGGUGAGAUGUGAAGAGAUAUGCAUGUGGGGUGGAUCGGUUAGGCAGAAGAUGAAGCACAUGAGGUUUCUUAGGAAGCGUAUGAACACUAAGCCUUCUCAUGGUCUCAUCCUGUUUCCUGCUCCUGCUAACAUCCUCUGGCGUACCAUUCGUGGGAUGAUUCCUCACAAAGAGUAAGCGCAGAGUGGCAGCUUUCGCUGGUUUGAAAUUGAAGGCUUAUGAGGGGAUUCCUGGACCAUAUGAUAAGACUAAGAGAAUGGUUAUUCGUGAUGCUCUCAUGUUUUGCGGUAGUUGGUUUCUUUCGUGGAAUUUAGAAUUUGGUUUUCGUACUUGCUUCAGUGGAUAGUUAGUCAUGCUCAAUGUUUUUAUUGUUCUUUCGGUUUUUUUAAAUUAGGGUUUUGAGGUUUCAGAAAGGACACAAAUUGGUGGAGAAAAUAGCAUUACCCUGGAGUAAAUAUGAAAUAAAACAUUGAAUGCUUUUAUGUAGGUUAUCCAACAUGCUGAAUGCUUAGGACUUGGUUUGGAGCUUUAGGAACUACUGAUGAAGAAGUUUAUGAAGACAUCAAAAGAGUCAUUUUAUUGGUUUGGCAGUUCUAGGACUUGAUUGUCCUUUACUCAGAGACAGAGCAGGUAGGUUCUGUUUUUACUCGGCUGUUUGUGAUUGAUGUUUGUUGCGCCUUUUCCCCCUCUCCUUUUCUAACUGUAUUGUAGGUUUGGGUCAGUGGAUGGGCUAUGAAUUUAUGAAUAUCAACACUGUUGUGUCUGGUUAACACUGCAGACUCCUGGAAUUGUCUCCUUACUGUCUGAGUCUUACAACCUACCAGGACAACACCAAACCAAACCUGCGGCAUACAGAAGAAAAACAUUCCUUGCAAUAGAAUUAAAACUGAUACAAAAACCACAACAUACGUAGGGAAGCAUCAAAACACCUCAAAAAGAUAACCACAAUGACACUUGCAUGCACCACAGCUCAUGACAGCAAUCGAAAAAGAGAUCAACUUCAAGACAUCAUCUCAAGAUAUCAACUCCUUUUUAUAGUUGUGAGCAAUGCAAGUUCUUUCUCCACAAAGAUUGCGCUGAAUUGCCUAAACAAAUGCCACACCCAUUUCACAAGCAUUUGCUUACUCUCUCAAACUCACAACAUAUGUUUGGUUAUUCAUGUUGCAAUGCUUGCCAUCGUUCGUAUCAAGGAUUUAGCUACAGAUGCUACAAAGGAGAUUGGAGCUUCGAAAUUGACAUUCAAUGUAUAUUAUUGUCAGACACCUUGAAGCACCCAAGUCAUGAGCAUUCACUCUUUAUUGUCCACAGCAACGAGGGAAUGAUUUGCAAUGCUUGUUCCGUACUGCGAUACCCAUGGCAUGUUGCAUAUAGAUGCAUGAAGCGCUGUGAUUUCAUUUUAGAUGUAGGAUGUGCAACACUACCACUCACUGCUUGGUACAAGUAUGACAGGCAUCCUCUUACUUUGACUUAUUCUGAUGAUUCUGAGCCUUCUCAACAUUACUGCGACCUCUGUGAGAAAGAAAGAAACCCAAAUCGUUGGUUUUACUACUGUGCUGAUUGUGAUAACUCUCUUCAUCUCAAUUGUGCUAUUGGGGAUCUCCCAUAUAUGAAGCUUGGGAUCAGAUUCAACAAUUAUCGUCAUGAGCAUCCACUCACUGUUGUGAAAAACAUCUGGAAUUGCCCUCCAUGUAAGGAUUGCUAUUGGAUUCUCAAGAGAAGCAUUUGAAUGAUAUUCUACUCAAGUUUAAGAAACAAAGAAGGUGCAAGAUGAGAGGUGUGUUGUGUUCUGUGGAAGGGUAUAGCAAAUUUGGUAAAAAUGGGUGAUGGCCUUAGUUGUUGUAAUCUGCAUUAUGUUAUGUUUAUGAUAGUUGUUUGAGCAGUAGAAGAUUGUGUUAGAUGAAACAUGAUUUGUAACAACACAUUUUUAUCUUUCACAUUUCUAUUUGAUUCUUAUCCUUUUAACUUUUAUCUAAAAUUACUGAUGAGAUUGAAGAA